AUGUCAAAACUGUGUGGUUUGAACGUAGUUCAGCUACGAGAAGAACUACAGAAACGAAGCCUUGUCACAAGUGGCAACAAAGAAGUACUAGUAGCACGUCUGAGAGAAGCUCUCAUUGACGAAGGUAAGAACCCAGACGAAUUCAAGUUUGGUGGUGCUGACGAAGACAAUGAAAUUAGCACAGGCACGUUUACAACCGCUAAAAUGAUGGAACUUCUGCUUAGUAUGUCAACUAAAAUGAAACAGAUCAAGGAACAGUCCGAACGACAGACAGAGGAGUUAAAACACGUAAAAUUGGAAGUGGCAGAACAGAUUGAAAAACAGUCAACAAGAAUAGAAAUGAUCGAGCAGAAACUUGAUCGUCAGACCGUUGAGUUCGAAGCAGCGGCAACUAGUAACUGUUGGAACGGAAAAGAGCGAGCAACAGCACUGAUACUGGCCCUGCGAGGUUCAGCAGCAGAGGUUCUUCAGACGAUUCCGGCGGAAAACCACUUCAACUAUGAAGUUCUGGUUAGCGCGUUGGAUUUACGUUAUGGUGAAAAACACAUGAAACAGAUUUAUCGGUCUCGGCUUAGAAACAGAACGCAACGAUCUGGUGAAUCCAUUCAGCAGCUGGCACAAGAUAUCGAACGGUUGACAUUGCUGUCGUAUCCGACACCAGACCCCGAGCAUAGAGACGAAAUUGCCUUGGAUACGUUUAUCAAAGCCCUUCGUGAUUCGAGCAAUCCCUUGUCUUGUCAGAUAAACGAAAACUUAAGGAUGCCGUUGCGCACAGUCUCACUUUUGAAUCGGCAAAGCAAGCAUCAAAAAGUGACGUACGUCUACGCCAACAUGGUGUACCCCAAUGCUGGAUUUGUGGUGAAAAAGGCCAUCUACGUCGUGAUUGUAAACACCGCCUAA